AGCCCCAUGGGCAUGAGGUCGGGCUGAGCUGGGUGCUGGCCCCUCUCUCUUCAUGCUCAGCCCUGGCUGGGUGGUCUCUGGCCGCGCUCAUGUGCGCCAGGGCCCUGCUCGGGGACGGCGGCUGCAGGGCCGGGUGGAGGAUGCUGACAGCCGUGCCGGGGACCGCCCCUGCGCCACACGCGCAGCUGUGCGUGCUGGGGCCGAGGGCCACACUGCGGGCCAUGCUCCAGCAUUGAAUGCAGCUAGUGCACCAUGCAGUAUUCCCGGGGCCAGCCCGAGGCUGUUCUUGCCCGACUGCUGCUGCUGCUGGGCCUCCCAGCGUUCUGCUUGGCAGGGCUGGGGGAGCUGGGUCCCACCAUCGAUGGGCAGCCGCUGGCAGUGUGCACGCUGAGGGAGGGGGAGAGCCGUGUCUUCUCCUGCCGGGCCCCCCGGCCGGCCCCCGGCGCCAUGCUGGCGUGGUACCUUGAUGGCCGAAAGCAGGAGGCAAACUGCUCAGCCAUGGGCACUGCCAGCACUCUCACCCUCACCGCCCAGCGCAGCGACCGUGAGCUCAACUGCUCCCUGACGGACCCAGCCUCUGGGCAGACCUACAAUGCCUCUGUCCUCCUCGACGUGCAGUAUAAGCCAGAGAUCCUGCAGGCAGAUGCCCACUACCAGGAGGUCGAGGGCAACGGACUCCUCCUGGUGCUCUUUGUGCUGGUGGAAGCCAACCCGCCUGCCAGCAUCACCUGGGUGGACCAGGACGGGCGGGUGAUGGCCAACACCUCAGAGUUCCUCCUCCUGGGCACCACGCACUAUCCAGGGCUGGCCAACCACUCGCUCUGCAUCCACCUCGACACCAUGGCUGGCAACUUCUCUGUCAGCGCUGCCAACCGCCUGGGUGUCACCACCACCUCCCUCCUGCCACCACGUCUGCUGGACGCCCGCGUGGAGCUGCCCCUUCUGGGUGUUGCCGUUGGAGCAGCCCUGGCCCUGUCUGCCCUGCUCAGCCUGGGCUCCUGUGCUGCUGGCCUGGCGUGCCACCGGCCCAAGCCAGCGCCUGGCGAGGGGCGAGCAGGAGGGAGCAGCCCGCUCAGCCGGUGCUCCCGUUGCAGCGGCCCCAAGCUCCCGCAGCUUGAGAGUGCGCGUCUGCCCCGCCAGACCCGGUCCCUGCCGCCCAACCUGCGCCUCAGCGACCUCGCGCAAGAGGCCAGAGCUUUCCCCAUGGACACAGGAGCUGGUUCUGGGGCAGAGGAGAGCACAUGGCCAGGGUUGGAGAACUCCUUGGUCCUCAGCAAGCUUGGUUUUAUCCAGCUCCCGAAGUCCGGGCGCAUCUACAAAGUGCCCAGCGUGAACAGCGAGGAGAUCUGGCUGUGAGAUGUGGCAUGGUGCCAUGAGCCAGGGCUGCCUGGCCCGAGGUUUGUGCCAGCCCCUGAAGGAGCGCAGCCGUGGGAGCCGGGGGCCGUGCUGGGUGCAGGGUGCUGACCAGCCCUGGCUGUACCGUCAGCUACACACCGCAGGUCCUGGUAGCUGCGAUAUGAGCCAAGGCAUGGUUUUAUGUAGCCUGUGUGCUUUAGGAAUAGAUGCAUCAAAGCUGUUUAUAGCCAGGCUCAGCCUUGCUGCCAGCACAGAGAUUCCUCCCAGGGUGAGGCCAAGCACCAGCCUUGCUUUAGCAGGUUCAUGGCCUGCUUGCUGCAUGAUCCUUGCCAUCCCUGCCAGAGCUGCAGCAGAGGGGUGGGCAGGGGCAGCGUGGCAGGGGCCGGAGGGAGUCCUCCCCACAGCAAUAAACUGAACUUCAGUGUC